AUGUCCCACGUCGUAAUCAUUCAGGAGAGAGUGCAGGACAGCAAGCAUCUGUUACUUAUGAUGGGCAACCUAAAGUCAAGUCUUUGUCUGAAUGUCCAGACUGUGAUGUCUGGGUCACUGAGGCGCCGCCAAGGGAAAGGCCUACAGCCUGGACGUGGCCCUAACCGCAGCCCCCCAAAGACAGAAGGGAGUGGUCCGAACCCUCCUUGCCGGCCGCAGGGAGCCGGGCGCCCCGAGUGUUCGGCUGGCGGUGUUCCGACCAGCCUAGACUCUGGAGCGUGGAGGCUGGGAGCUCCGCCUGGGAGACCGCUGUUCGCAGGGCGCCCCGAGGCGCUGAGCGGCCGGGGCCACCCGGGCCGUCGCGCGCCGCGUCGCCACGGAGCAGAGUCCGCGUUCGGAGGAUGCCCGCUGGCGCUGGCCGCCCGCUGUCUCGCUGCGGGAGCCGGUCGACGUGGGGGCGCUCGGGACGCGGGCGUGGAGGGCGGUGGGGCCACGAAGCGUGGUGCGGGAGAUAUUCCUUUGUCAUUUCUCAUCUAUGGACUGAGUCCUUAUUAUAGUUGUAUGAUGGCCAACAACAAAAUGGAAAUGAGAGAAACUGCUAGAUACAAGCCAUUACGGAAAAUGAUCUCAACCAGUGAACCUUUCCAAGGUACUGGUGUAGAAGUCAGUCCUUUGAAGAAAUUUACUAUUCCUAAAAUCAGGAGAACAGCUGAGAAAGUGGAUUUCUACGCAGAUGGUGGUAGUGGAAGCAGAAGCAGAGUCUGUAAAGAUCAGGAUGGAAGGUUGAGUUUUACUGAAAAGGAAAAACUACAAGAAUUUAUCAACACCAAACUACACGUGAACAGCAAAUAUAAAGUAUAUUUGUCACCUUGUUACACCAAUACUAGAGAGUUUGGUUUCAUACAUGAUACUCUUAAUCAGAGCCGACUUGAUAUAAGCUGUGAACUACAGACAUCAUGGCAGUUUGGAGAUACAAAACUGGUUCACAAUGAGGAUCUGGAGAAAAAAUUUACUUCUAAGAGGUCAGAGAUGCGUGAGAGUGGAAGACAUGGCAGAGAACUUGAAGAACAUUUCUGCUUUUUAGCACUUCCUCAAAGUGAUGUGACUGACAUAUAUCGGAAUGGGAUGUGUACCAAAGCAUCUUCAUUGAAGAUUUUAGGAAAUCCCCUUCUUGGAAUUUAUAUAUUUAGACAUGUUGAUGUUGCCUUGAAUUAUGCUCAUAGUAGAAGCAUUACUGUAGAGAGUAUUAUAAUUUUCAAGGUAUACUUGUAUGAAUACAAUGUUCUCUCAAAACCAGUAGAUAAACCAAGGCAGUGUCUUCCAUAUGCAAUAAUAACAGUAAAAUUUAUUGGUCAAAAAACAGAUAAUGGACAUCUCAUGCCAUCUUUGAGAUUCCUCUCAACAGGAUUUCCUAAAAGGACUGAAAGAACAUGCUCUCUUAAUAACUGUACAGUGGCCAAAAGAAUUGGAAAAGGAAAAGAUGCUACUGUCAUUUUUGAGCAUUUUAGGAAACCAGUAGAUCCAUUUGUUCAAGAAAAUUGUUCAUGCAGUACACUAAACUCAGAUAUGAAUCCUUCCAACUCAAAUAUUUCCAGUUCCUAUGGAAAUGUACAAAGUGGAAACAUUUCUAUACUUGAAACAUAUAAUGGAGAGAUGGAGCACAAUUUAGCAGAAUCUCAAGACAAGUUUAAAGCACGUACUUAUGAUUCAGGACUUUCGUUUAUUCCUAGUGAUAACAAAGACAGUAUUAAUGGUGAUCUCUUACUAAAUUUGACACAUCUUAAAAAUGUUUUAAGUAGUAUUUCUGCUGCCUUUCCCCUUCAAAACAAUAUUGACUCAAGCACAGUUAUUACUUCAAAACUCAUCAAAGACCCAAGACUAAUGAGAAGAGAAGAAAGCAUGGGAAAACAUAAUAAUUUUAUAGGUUUAAAUGAGAUUUUGCCAUUUGAGAAAAAUUUAGAUUUUGUUAAUUCAGAAAUAAACCUAUCAUCUAUGCCAACUAACUCUGUCUCCUCCUCUGAAAUAGUACCUGACAAUCAUGCUAUUCUCCCUAACUGUUUAGGAGCUCCUUGCUUUAAAAUUUCUUUUGAUGAUUCACAACCACAGGCUCACAACAUGGACUCUAAGGACAAUAAUUAUACCACUGCCAAUGAAAUUACCAUGGUACGACAGUGUGAAGACCAAGAUAAUUUUUCCUUCCCAAUGUGUUUGUCAAAUGUAGUUUCAGAAAAUGAGAUUCAAAAUUGCAGUGAUGGAAAGAAACAGAAAUCCCAACAGUGGAGCAACAACUUGCUUUUAAUUGAACAAAAUAGUGAACCUCAUGAUUCUUGUGAAUCAGUGAACACUUGUAUGAAAAAGAACAAUAAUCCCAUCUCUCAGGAAGCACAGUCUUCUCAUUUAAAUCCUGUAUAUCAAACUGGCUACCAUAUGUCUACAUUAUUUCCACUCCAAAGAAAAGAAAAUACAGAUGAGUACAUUCAAAAUAGGGGGAAAAUGAGAAACUUGACUGGCGCAGAAGGCAUUUCCAAGCAUGGAGAAAAGCAAAAAUUGUGGAAAGAAAUUGAUAACUGUUUUACCAAUGAAACAAAAGUCAAUCCAGUAGAUAGAUAUAUUUCACUGUGCAAAAAAUACCCAAAAAAUGAGAUUCUUGAUUCUUUGAGGGAAAAUUGUGAUCAUAUAUUAACUACUGAAGAAUUAGAAAUACCACAGUCUUCUAUGUCUACUGUAAACAGUAAGUAUAAGGUAGAUCAUUUAUCUUUGGAACUUCAAAAUGACCUUACUCCAAGAGAGGAGAAUCUUCAACAAAAGUAUCCCCAGUACUGUUUGGAAUAUGAAGAUAGUGUGCAUAUAAGUUUUGCUAUUUCUCAAAAACUAAUGGAACUGGCAUUGGAAAAAUCUAAUCAAAAUUACUUUAACAUUGUGAGUGGUGCUUUCCAGGAAGGAAAAGGCAUUCCUCAGGACACAGAGCCACUGGUUUCAUCUCAUAACAUUAAAAGAACUUAUGAAAAUUCAGAUUGCAAUAUAGCAAAAGAAAAUAGGUGUGUCCAGAGGAAAAAUGAAAACGAGCCAAUGUCAUUAGAGAACAUUCAGAGAAACUGCAAAGGUCAAGAUCAUACUCUGUUCUGUAAUGCACAGUUGAACAGUGAUAAACAUCUAAAUGUUAAUUUCAAAGAACAAGUAGAUAAUGGUAAAGAAAACCAAAAUAAGACUAAAGACAAAGACAUUGCUUUAUCUGAAGAAAACAACAUAGAGAAUAUUUAUGAAGAUGAGAAGCAGGGCUUUCAUAUAAACCAAAAAUUCACAAAUUUAGAUGAAAAGAAUAAAAAUUACAAUAGUGUAGAAAUUCUGAAUUCUGAAGCAUUUUCCACCACAUUUAAUUUAACUUGGGAAAAAUGUGUGCCAGCAAUAUCUGCAUUAUUUGAAAGUGAAGAUGUUGUCACUGCCAUAAAACCAAAAGAUUCCCAUAAUACCAGACAAAGUGUAGAGCAUAUGCCUUCCACAAUAUUUCCUGAAAUUGCAGUUUCUUCAGUGUAUGUAACCUCAAAUACUGCAGUACAGAUAACUGGAACUGCAGUGCCUGUAUUAAGUACAAAUCCUGAAGAUCACCAGGGACACCAGUUUAAAGAAACUUGUUCUUCUCAGAGUAAAGAUUAUAGUCUGUUAAUAAAACAUAGGGUUUCUGAUUGUGCAAUGGAUAUGGAUAAAAAUGAAUUGUAUGACUCACUUCCUCAGUCAAUAAAUGAUAACUUACUUCUUCAAAGUUUUGAAAUCGAAAAUGAGAUUGAAAUAGAGUCAGAAGUGUGUGAUGAUACUUUUCCACUUCAACAAGAUACUCUUAGCAAUGAAAAUGUACUGUAUGAAGAAGUUGAGUCCUCAUAUGAGGCUCUGAAGUCUCGUAUUGAUUGGGAAGGCCUAUUUGGAAACAAUGGGGAGACAGAAGUUUUGCAAAGCACCACAAAAAGGGAAAAUAGUGAUCAGCAUUACUUUGAAGAAAGUAAUUGUUGUUUCUCCUCUGCACAGAAAAACAAAGCAAAUCCAAUUUUACUUCCAGACCUACAAGUUAGUAUAACUAAUAUAUUUGUACCAAGAGUCAGCCCCACUGUUAAAUGCCUUGCAUUGAAAGACAAUUUUUGCAAAUGCAUAACUGAAGCCAUAACACCAGCAAUAAAUGAAGAGGAGCAGAAAGUUCCAGUAUCUGAAAUUAAUUCCCAGUGUUCUGGUGAAAAUUCAGACUAUCCAUGUGAAAAGAAGUUUGGUAAUAUAAGACAAGAAUCAGUACCAGAGAGUGAAUCUGAAAUCUUGUUUUCUUUUGACUUGAGUCAUAAAACACACAUUAAUCACAUAAAUAAAAAGCAAAAUGGUGAAACUUUGCUUCCUGAACCAUCCAAUGUCACAACAAUAAAGAAUGAAAACAGAUGUGACUCUGCAGAGUCAAAAACUGAUGGUAAUGAUACUAGAAAUAAAAAGGAUACAGAUUCAAGAAAUAACAAAAGAAAGCCACAUACAUCGUUUAAGGACCAAAACAUACCACAAAAAGAUGUGAGAUAUCACGAAAUUUGUGGAAAAAAGAGGAAGCUGACCUGUCAAGAUUCAUCUGAAUGUUUUGCUUCUUUAUCCCAAGGACGAAUUAAAACCUUUUCACAAUCAGAAAAGCACAUUAGGAAUGUUCUGGAUAUUCUAAAUAGUGAAGUAUCUUUAUGCAAAAGCAAACGUCUUUCCAGAAAACUGGACAGAGCUGUUCUUCACCUAAAAAAAGCUCAUAGACGAGUUCACACGUCUUUACAGCUUAUAGCUAAAGUAGGAGAAAAAAGCAAGAGCCCAUUACCAAAAUCAUAUGCAAUAAUAUGCAAUAAUUUCUGGGAAAGUUGUGAUCUUCAAGGUUAUAGUUCUGUGUCUGAAAGAAGAUAUUAUUCCACCAAGCAUUUUUUGUCAAAAAGGAAAUAUGACAAACCAGGAGAAAAAAGAGCUUUGGGAUUUGAAGUUGAUAAAUCAUUAACUCAUGCAUCAAAGCACAAGUUUUAUAAAACAAAUAGAGAGAGACUCAAAAGGUGCCUUCCUAAGGACAACCUGGCCAGCAGUGUUUCCAGAAGUCAAACCACUAUUCAUGUGAGAGAAUUUUUUGAUCAAAUGUACUCUGAAUCACAGUUACCUUUGUGCUCUACAUCACAAAGUACCAGUCAGUCUGCUAAUAACAAUGGCAAUGUAAAAAAUACAGAAUCCUUAGAUCUCCAGCCAUUUUCUGGAAAAAGUGGCCAUCUCAUUUCCUCCGUUUGUCCAGAUGAUAAACUAACUGAAAAAGAAAAUCAAAUUGAUAUAAAAGUUUUGUCUAACAAUAAAUAUGAAGAACUUGAAAACAAUUCAGCAUGCAACAUUAAGGGCACAACAAAAGAAAACAAUUCUGAGACUAUUGAAGUAAUAAAUAAAAAUUCAUUAAGUGAUAUAAAUGAACACAGUGUAAGUUUUAGCACAGACAAAAAUUGUGAUACAGCUUGUAUAGCUCACACAAAAGUGAAAACUAAUGUGCUUAUUUCUGUCUUAGAACCAAAUGUGAAGCACUUCUUAAAUGUUGAUAUCUGCAAACCAGAAAACCUCAUUUUGACUGACUUUAAAAGAAAUGUUGAAGUAGAAAAAUCAGCUACUCCUGUUGAGAGCUCCAAACCAGGCAUUAUUACAGGAAACGUCACAAUUGACCCAAUAAAUCUAACUCUGGUGACAAGCAAAAUGUGUGGCAAUAUUCCUCAAUUGUUAUCUGUUGCUCCAGUGAUAGAUAGUAAAAGAGAAUUUUCAAAAUCUUAUUUGGAUGAACAGAGAAUUUUUGCUGUAGACUCAUUUGUAACAUCCACCACUAUACCACACUACCAGCAAGAAUGCAGUGGACAAGAACUGCUAAAGACAAAACAGUGUUCUUCAGAUAACUGCUUCCAUGUAGACACAAAUGAUACAAAUGUUAUUGAGAAUUCCAAAUUGGAUCUAACCCCGAUAACUGAAGAAAGCAAAAAUUGUGGGGAAAAUAGAAUGAGGAAACUAUUUUCUAAUGAUACUUCUCUGCUUUUAAAAGAUAACAUAAAGGGUUCUUGUCCCCAAAAAUGCAUCUUAGAAAAAGACAUUCAAAACAAGAAAACAUGGAAAGUUAAACACACAGAAAAAACAAAAAAUUUAGUUGACAAAAGAAGCUUGAUGGGUGCAUCCACUGUUAAGACUGAGUACAAAAACCAAAAGAAUAAAAUCUUAGAAGGUUAUUCUUGCUUAAGUGAGAAAGCAAUUAAAAAUAACUUGACUGAUUCUCAUCUAACCAUUAAAAAUACAACUGAGACAAUUUCUUUCAAUAGCACAAUUUCUGAUUGUAAAAGAGAGGAGGGAGUUAAAUUUAGUCAUGACUCUCUGGUGGCCUCUACAUUGUUUUCAGAAACAGCCUCUAAUUCCAAACCAGGAAUUAUAGGAAUAAAUCAUAUGCCUGUUUCACAGGCCCACUCUGAAACCUCUAAAGCUACUACUCAAAAGAGGCCUACCUCACAGAAGAAUGAGUUUAAAGAAAAACAUUGCUUGGCUGAUCAUUCUGCUCCUGUAGCUAGGUUAACUCACAUUUUAAGGAGAGCAGAUGAAGCAUCAUCUUUGCAGAGUCUACAGGAAGAAACAAAAGUUUGUCAAAAUAUUCUCCCUUUAUUUGUUGAAGCUUUUGAAAGAAAGCAGGAAUGUUCACUUGAACAAACUUUGAUUUCAAGAGAACUCUUGGUUGAGCAAAACCUAUGGAGUAAUUGCAAACAGAAGUUAAAGCCAUGUGCUGUUGACUCCUUGGUAGAACUCCAAAUGAUGAUGGAAACUAUUCAAUUCAUUGAGAACAAAAAAAGGCUCUUAGGAGGUGAACCAACAUUCCGAAGCUUGCUUUGGUAUGAUGAUACAUUGUACAGUGAGCUGCUUGGCAGACCUCGUGGAUUUCAACAACAAUCCAGUUUCUAUCCUGGUUUUCAAGGAAGGUUAAAAUAUAAUGCAUUCUGUGAGUUGCAGAACUAUCAUGAUCAACUAGUUGAAUUGUUUGAAGAAACCAAAAGGGAAAACAAUUCACACUAUGCAGUCUUAAAAUACAAACGACAGAUUAAUGAAUGUGAAGCAAUAAUGAAGCAUUGUUCUGAUUGCUUUGACUUUUCUCUUUCUGUACCAUUUACGUGUGGAGUUAACUUUGGAGAUAGUUUAGGAGACCUAGAAACCUUACGAAAAAGUACUUUAAAGCUGAUCAGUAUGUAUGGGGACUCUCCUAAAGGUGAUUCUUAUCCAGGAAAACAAGAUCAUCUGUGGAUUAUCAUAGAAAUGAUCUCCUCAAAAGUUAAUUUUAUCAAGAGCACUGAGGCAGUAAGUAUUAAAAUAUCUCUUUAUGGUUUCGAACAUAUAUUUUUUGAUGCUGCAAAAAGUCUUGUUUGGAAAGAGAGGAGACAGUCUUUCAGCAGAAAUUACCCAGGAAAGAAGAACAAAGAAAUGCUACUCAAAAUGAAUCAAUGUGCUUUUUCUAAGCUGCAAAAGAUAUAUGAUACCUUGUCUAAAGAUUUAAGCAGUUCCAAUAAUGGUUUUAAGGAAAAUACUGUGAUUGCUUCCAGAAAGUCAGAUAACCUGAUAAACAAACCAACUAUUAGCCUGGAGAACUAUAGAUUUAAUAAUACUUUUUCACACCCAGAUAUCUGUUGUGUUAGUGAAAUAUUGGAUCAAGCUCAACUUGCAGACUUUAAAAAAUUACAGGAACUCACUUUGAGAUGUACUGAUCACUUAGAAAUUUUAAAAAAAUAUUUUCAAAUGCUGCAAGAAGAUAGCAUAGAUAAUAUUUUUAUCACAGAAGAAAAUGCUUUGGACAUGCUGGAAAACCACAGCCAUGAGACCACAAUGUUAAAACCUGCCGCCACUGAAACAUAUAUUGAAAUUGCCAUGCUCUCAGAAACAGUUCACUUUCUUAAAAAUUCAAUGGCUAAGAAACUAGACAAGCCGAGGUUUCGAGGUAUGCUUUGGUUUGAUAUAUCACUUCUUCCUGAACUGGUUUGCUGCCAAGAAAGAAUGACAACUUUUUCAUUUCUUAAAGAUAAUUCAACAGAUUGCCUUUGGAAAGUGAUAGAAACUGCUAUUUCUGAACUUAAGAAAGAUCUAGAUAUUCUGUACCAAUAUAAUGAAGCUGUUAAUUGCUCAUAUGCUCUUCGUUUGCUAUCAAGAGAGCUUGAAGAACUUUCAGAGAUUAAAAAACUUUUAAAGAAGUCUAAGUAUUCUGUUCCCAUGUAUAUUGACUUUGUGCCAUGUAUAGCAUCCAUAAAUUAUGGAAACACUGUGACAGAAUUAGAAUACAACUACGAUCAGUUUUCUACAUUGCUCAAAAAUAUUACAGCUACCCCUAGGAAAGAUAUAGGGAAAAUGGCCCAUAUUAUGAAAGUCAUGAAAACCAUUGAACAUAUGAAGGUAAUAUGUGCUAAAGAUGCUAAAUUAACUAUUUCCUUUAUCCUAUGCCAAAUGCUACAUAAUGAAAGGAAGACUUUCCAGGUGAAAAGAAAAGAAAAAAUGAAUGUUCAUGUAAAACCUAGGAAGAGUAUCAAUAAAUCCAGUACUUGUACAAAGGAAUCCUCUAGUUCAGAGGAUGUAAUGAAAAAUGUUUUGGAUUCUUCUAAAAAGCGACCUAUUGUUAUAGACAAAUGUGAAGACUCUAAAGAACAAGAGAAAAACAUUGCUGUUUCCAGUUGUAAAAAACAAAAGAUUAACAUGAAAGAUGUCACAAAAAUCAACAAAGAAAAAGCAGUGUUCAAGCAUCCAAGGACUACAAAAUCUCAUCUUGGAAGUGAAAAUGAAAUAAAACCAGAUUCAUCAGAUAAUCAGAAAAGAGAUCAUAUAUCUCCAACAAAGGUUGAAAUACAAAGAUCACUGCCUGGCUCACUUUUACCUGUAAGGAACUUGAAAGACAUUUGUACAUCAAAGUCAGAGGACAAAAUAGAUUUGACUAAGAUUUCAUCCAAUACUUCAGAAGAUUUUACCAGUCAACAAAGAAACUUAAGUAGUACAAAGAAAAGAAAUGUGAAUUUUAGUGUUCCUGAGACAAAAAGUGAUAAAAAAGAUGAUUAUUCUUUCUCAGUUUAUAAUAAAAAAAAUGCAGAUGGCACAGUUUCUAAAGUCCAUGAGGUACCUUCACAGAAAUUUCUUAAGAAUUGUCCAAAUCCUACAGAGAAAACAUGUCCCUCAGACAUAAAACCAGGAAUUGACCCUUCUCUUUUGUCUAAUGCAACAGUGCCUUCCAAGCCUGUUUUCCAUAUUAGGGAUAUCCAUAGGAAUUUAGAAAAGAAUGACACUGUCGUUGAACUGCAACAUAAUGAAAUAUUAAAUUCAUCUUUUAAAAAUUCUGCAUGUACUGGUCCUCCAGAAUCCAUAAUUAUUCAGAACAAAGUUCCUACUCUGCAAGUAAAUAAAACACAGCCUGAAGAAACUGAGUCAGAAGAAAAAUAUAUGAAGGAUACACCGAAUUCCAGUACUCUGUCCAUUGGAGCAUCUGGGAACAUAACCCUUAAUGUGAAUCAAACAGCUGACAACUGUUUUUCUGAACAACAAAAUAAUGAAAAUUCAGUAACUCAGAAUGCUGCUGCAUAUUGGACUGAACUGCCACAGUUUUCAUGUACCCCAAUAUACAAUUCUUCUGAGCGUUCAUUUGGAACUUCAUAUCCUUACUAUACUUGGUGUGUUUAUCAUUAUAGCAGCAGUAACGGCAAUUCCAUUACCCAGACAUACCAGGGGAUAACAUCAUAUGAAGUACAGCCACCACCACCUGGGAUGUUGACUACAGUUGCAAGUGUACAAAAUACACAUUCUAAUAUUAUGUAUUCUCAAUAUUUUGGUUAUUUUUCUGGAGAACCACAAACAAAUGACUUUGUGCCAGUCAGUGGGUACUUUCAAUCUCAAAUGCCUGUUUCUUACAAUUUUCAGCAACCCAUUUUUUCACAGUGUGCUUCCCAUCAACCAUCACCACAAGCUGCAUAUCCUUAUCGUCCUGGUUCAGGUGUGCUUCCAGAAAUUCCUUGGACUUAUGCUCCAUGGCAACAAGAACCCUUUCAGCCAAGACACUGA